AUGUUGCAGCAGUGCAUCCUGACAACGUACCAUGUCCUUGCACUGGUGCUAUGGGUUUUAGCCAGUGAAGACUUUGACUGGAUGAAGAAUGAGAGAACUACUUUCUAUUACGGCACGUUCCCAACUGGUUUCUCCUGGGGAGCUGGCACUUCUGCCUACCAGACCGAAGGCGCUUGGAAUGUAGAUGGCAAAGGAAUGAGCAUUUGGGAUAUAUUUUCCCACAAAAAGGGGAAAAUAUCUUCAAAUGACACAGGAGACUCCUCUUGUGAAGGCUACUACAAGUUCAAGGAUGACAUUGGCUUGAUGAAGGACAUGAAGUUGAAUCAUUAUCGUUUCUCCAUUUCCUGGCCCAGAAUUUUACCAAGUGGACUGAAAAGUGAACACAUCAAUGAGAAAGGAAUCAAAUAUUAUGAUGACUUGAUUAGCAAGCUGCUGGACAAUAAGAUUACACCAAUUGUUACUCUGUACCACUGGGAUUUACCUCAGGUCUUACAGGAAAAAUACGGUGGCUGGCAGAACGUAACCAUGGUGAACUACUUCAACGACUUUGCCAGUUUAUGCUUUGAAAGAUUUGGAAACAGAGUGAAGCACUGGGUCACUUUCAACAAUCCAUGGUCAAUUGCUGUGGAGGGAUAUGAAACUGGGGAACAUGCCCCAGGACUGAUGCUGAAGGGAACAGGAGCUUACAAAGCUGCACAUCACAUCAUCAAGGCACAUGCUAAAGUUUGGCACACAUAUGACACACAGUGGCGAAGAAAACAAAAAGGCCUGGUUGGGAUCUCACUAACAGCUGACUGGGGUGAACCAGUGGACAUCACCAACCAGAGGGAUAUUGAAGCAGCUGAGAGACACAUCCAGUUCCAUUUAGGCUGGUUUGCUACUCCCAUCUUCAGUGGAGACUACCCCCAGGUUAUGAAGGACUACAUUGGCAGGAAGAGUGGCCAGCAGGGAGUGGGAGCUUCGCGGCUGCCCGUCUUCUCACCUCAGGAGAAGAGUUACAUUAAGGGAACCUGUGACUUCCUGGGAAUUGGCCAUUUUACAACCCGCUACAUCACCCAGAAGAACUACCCAUCAGGCCUUGAAGACAGCUACUUCACAGAUCGUGACCUUGCUGAGCUGGUUGACCCACAGUGGCCUGAUCCUGGCUCUGAAUGGCUCUAUUCAGUUCCCUGGGGCUUCCGACGCUUGUUGAACUUUGUCAAGACUCAGUACGGCAACCCCAUGAUCUAUGUGACAGAGAACGGUGUGUCAGAGAAAGCUCUCUGCACCGACCUCUGUGACGACUGGAGAAUGCAAUACUUCAAAGACUACAUCAAUGAAAUGCUCAAAGCAAUCAAAGAUGGGGUAAAUGUGAAGGGUUACACCGCCUGGUCUCUCCUUGACAAUUUUGAGUGGGAUGAGGGAUACUCUGAGAGGUUUGGGCUCUACUAUGUGGACUUCAGGAGCAAGAACAAACCGCGCUAUCCAAAGGCCUCUGUCCAGUACUAUAAACACAUCAUCAGCAUUAAUGGCUUUCCCAGUCAGAGAGAGAUGGAGAGUUGGAAGAGAAAAGCCAUAGAGACUUGUUCUUCCAGUAACCAGCUCCUGAUGGCAGAUUCAUUGAUAGGCCACAUGGAGACGGUAACAGAGAUUGUGGUUCCCACUGUGUGCAUACUCUGCAUCCUCCUCAGCGCAGUCUUCCUCAUGUUCUUGCUGCAUAGACGCAUCUGAGAAACACACAUGGACACAAAUAGUCACAUCCUCUGUUUUUGUAAGACAUCAGUGACCUUGACUCUUAA